CAUUGUUCAAAGCCGACGGGUUGUAUCCCCUGCUGCACUAGACCCCAAAAUUGGCAUGGGAACAAUUAUUUUAUGUCUUCGUAUUGUCGUACAAGCUCAUCAAAUCAACUACAUUAUUUGAAUUUUCACAUUUAGUGAGUGACUAAUUGUCAUAAGCGGUAAUUUGUAGUGUUGGUCGUGCUGCUAGGGGAGGGGGAGGAAGAAUUCUGACGUUUCUGAGUAUCGGCUGUAAGCAACCUAAGGAGGGCUGGUACUGUACAUGUGGUGGGGAAAGUGAGGGGGCGUUACCGAAGCUUCGGGGUAUGAGUCAGAACAGUACACGAAGUUUCUGCGUUGAGACAACCGCAUCGUCAAUUUAUCUUAUUUAAUAGAACCAUGUCCCAGCAACCAGAAUCUACCUUGAAGACCGCUGAUGACCUGCCAGAUACUGUGCUACUCAAAAUCCUUUCGUAUCUGCCAUCGGAGUACCUGGUGCAUUUUGCAAGCAGAAUAUGCACUCGAUGGCAGACACUUUGUGGAGAUUACAGUGUUUGGCAAGGGAAAGAAUAUGUGGUGACAGACAUUGGUAUAACGAGAGAGGAUUCAGAAGUAGCAUGUGCUCUGCAGCAGUGUCCAGGUGUGCGACAUGUAAAAUUCCUGCGCCCAGUGAAACCAUCUGUCUUGCAAGCCGUUGGUUUUGAUGGCAUGCUUCAAACACUUGUCUUUCAUCCUGCACAGCAGAUGUCAACAGAAGUGUUACAUCAGUUAUUUGAGCGCUGCCCUCACAUUGUUGCUCUUGGUGUACCAUCUGAUGUUUUGAAGCGGUCUGAUUGUGCACAACUUGUGGCUAGCCUAGAACGCUUGCAGCAACUGGCUGUGAAAGCAGAGAAUCGAGCUGGUUUAAACUUAGGGGUGCUAAGUGAGGGUUGUCCACACAUCACAGAUGUUGAUGUUAUGGAAGUAGUGUGCAAUCCGGUGUCACUUACAUCUUUCUUAAAAAAGAAGGGUAGUCAGUUGCAUGCACUGUCAUUGUGUGGUAUGACCACCAAUGGGGAAUCAGUCUUGCCCCUACUGGAACCAUGCCACACAAACCUCAAGAAAUUAUGCAUUACUCUGGAGAAGGCAAGGGCAAAAGGAUUUUCCAGCACGCUGCGACAGCUUGGAAGGUUUGAAGCAAUUGUAGAGCUUAAAUUACUGGAGGUACCUGGAAAAGUGUCAAAUGAAUUGACAGAAGCAUUUUCUGGGACUGGACUACGUCAUUUAAAAUCUGCUUGCUUCAGAGAUAUGCACGGAUUGAGAGGGGCAUCCCUUGCGGCACUCCUCCGUGAUCGACCAGAACUGCAACAUCUGGACAUUAGUGGGUGCAGGCAGAUUGAGGAUACAGAUCUGGUUGUUGCUUUGAGUGCCACAGAACCAGACCCCUUACCACUACUUUCGAUAAAUCUCUCUUCUUGUGGCAAACUGACAGACACUUCUCUCAUUGAGGUGGUGCAGAGAUGCCCAAAGCUACAAGAACUGCGCUUAUGUGCCUGCCUUACCUUGGAAGAAAAUGCACUUCAUCCUCUAGCUGGAUUGACCGAUUUGCGAGUACUAGAUGUGUCAAGAUGUUACAACAUCAAGGAAUGGUGGAAACCACUGCUGGAGCUUCAUCAAUUAAGAUGGAUCGAUGUAAGCUAUUUGACUGUUGUUCCUGACCGCUUAGAACAGAUCAUCAAGCAAAAUAAAUUCCUACGUUACAUAGGACUGCAGUUUUGCAAUGGAUUCGAUGAGGUAACAUGUGAAAGAGUGCUUAAGGCAAAUCCACAAUUGGAGCUCAACUACGAUACUGAAUACAUUAAGCAGAAGUGGCAGCAAGCAGCCAAAUGAAUAAACUGUUUCACUAUUGGAUUGAUGAAAUCCAUGAAUUCUAAAAGCGAUCCAAAGUUCGUUCUUAUUAAGAACGAUGUCGGCAUUAUCUGUCAAGUUCAUGAACAAUAAAAAUGAAUAAUUAUUUAUUACCCAGUAUUCAUAUAAAUUUAUGUGACAAUCCCAUACACUAAUUAAUGGGCUGUGUGUGAAAGCAAGGACUGAAAUUGAGCAGUGAGCCAUUAUUUUUGUAUUGUCUUUUUUGUAACGAAAAUAAAAAUAUGUAUUGCUUGUCUAUAUUUUGACACCUGUUUUACUGAAAGGGAGAGAUUGAGUAUAUGUGGCUGUGAAUUGUUGAUAUAUCUAUUCUGCUUGCACUAUUGUAAAAACUUCUUUUUUAUCUUAUUUUGUAAGGUUCUGAAUAAAUCAGUGUAAUGAACAAAAGCCUUUAAAAUAAAUGUGCAUUGUGCAGAUCCAAA